AGCCAGGGCAUCACCAUGGUGGAGAACAUGGACGACGGGGAGGAGCUGCAGAUCACCGAUGUCACCUUUGACAUACUGGGUUUUAGCACCGAGGAGAAGAUUGGGUACAAGCUGACUGGGGGCAUCGUGCACUUUGGCAACAUGAAGUUCAAGCAGAAGCCCCAAGAGGAGCAAGCUGAGGAGGACACCACAGAGGUGGCCGACAAAGUCACCCAUCUCAUGGGUUUCAAUUCCGGGGAGCUCCAGAAGGGCAUCACCAGGCCCCGGGUCAAAGUGAGCAAAGAGUUUGUGCAAAAGGAUCAGAACGUGGAGCAGUGCAACAACACUAUCAGGGCCCUGGGCAAGGCCGUCUACAACAAGAUGUUCAAGUGGCUGGUGGUCCACAUCAAUAAGACCCUGGACACCAAGAUGCAGAGGCAGUUCUUCAUCAGCGUGCUAGGCAUCGCAGGCUUCGAGAUCUUUGAGUUCAACAGCUUCGAGCAGUUGUGCAUCAACUUCACCAAUGAGAAGCUGCAGCAGUUCUACAACCACCACAUGUUUGUGCUAGAGCAGGAGGAGUACAAGCAAGAGGGCAUCAAGUGGGUCUUCAUAGACUUUGGGCUCGACGAGGUCUGCAUGGACCUUAUGGAAAAGGUGACCCGCUUCUCCAAGGAGGGAUGGGAACAUGAAGGCAGAGAGAAGGUGGGUUACAAUAUCACAGGUUGGCUGGAGAAGAACAAAGACCCUCUAAAUGAAACAGUGGUGGGCUUGUUCCAGAAAUCAAGCCUGGCAAUCCUCGCCCUUCUCUUCAAAGAAGAGGAGGCUCCAGCUGGCGGCAAGAAGCAGAAAAGAAGUUCCUCCUUCAUGACAGUCUCCAACUUCUACAGGGAGCAGCUGAACAAGCUGAUGACCACCCUGCACAGCACUGCCCUAUUUGUCCACUGUAUUGUCCCCAAUGAGUUCAAGCAGUCAGGUAUGGUGGAUGCCCACCUGAUCAUGCACCAGCUGGCUUGUAAUGGAGUCCUAGAAGGCAUCCAUAUUUGUAGGAGGGGCUUCCCAAAUAGGCUGCAGUACCGAGAGUUCAAACAGAGGUACCAGGUACUGAACCCCAAUGUGAUUCCUCAGGGCUUUGUAGACAACAAAAAGGCCUCAGAGCUGUUGCUUGGGUCCAUCGACCUGAAUGCAAAUGAAUACAGGAUUGAGCACACCAAGGUGUUCUUCCGGGCUGGCAUCCUGGCUAAGCUUGAGGAUAUGCGGGACGAGCAUCUGGCCAAGAUCAUGACCAUGUUGCAGUGUGAGCUCCGGUGUUUCCAUGAAUUCAAGAAGAUGCUGGAUCGAAGAACUGGCAUACAAAUUAUCCAACAGAACGUUUGUAAGUUCCUAGAGCUGCGUUUCUGGGGCUGGUGGAAGCUCUACAACAAGGUCAAGCCGCUCUUGAAUGUUGCUCGGCAAGAGGAGGAAAUGAAGGCAAAGGAGGAAGAGCUGUGGAAUGCCAUGUCUAAGGCUCUGGAGCUGAUUGACAAGGUCAAGGAGCUGGAGGAGAAGACAGCCACACUUAGCCAGGAGAAGAACGACCUUACCAUCCAACUGCGGGCCGAACAAGGGAACCUGAGCGAUGCGAUGACCCAGAUGAUGAAGACCAAGAAAGAGCUGGAGAGCCAGAUCUCGGACAUGCGGGAGCGGCUGGAGGGGGAGGGCACAUCUGCCUCAAUGAGCGCCACCAAGCGCCGGCUACAGGGGGAGAUGAGUGACUUAAAGUGUGACCUGGAGGGCCUGGAGACCACGCUGACCAAGACAGAGAAAGAGAAGCAGGCCCUAGAUCACAAGGUCUGUACCCUGUCUGGGGACCUCUCACUGCGUGAAGACUCCAUCGCCAAACUCCAGAAGGAGAAAAGGGCCUUGGAGGAACUGCACAAGCCGAGAGCCUUCAGGGAGGACAUGAAGUCUCCCCAAACCCCACAUCCUGCCCUGAUGCCACUCCCUGGCCAGAACACUCAUCUCCUCUCAGCGCUAUUCAUCAGAUCAAACCUUCUCUUCAGAAGGGAUAUGGAAAUCAAGGAUGAGAAGUCUCUGAAUUUCACGCUGCAGCGGAAACUGAAGGAACACCAGACCCAGAUAGAGGAGCUGGAGGAAGAACUGGAAGCAGAAAGGGCGAUGAGAGCCAAGGUGGAGAAGCAUCAUAGUGACCUGUCCCGGAACCUUGAAGACCUCAGUGACCGACUGGAGGAAGCUGGGGGAGAAACGUCUGCUCAGAUUGAGCAGACCCGCAAGCGGGAGGCCAAGCUGCUGAAGCUGCAGCGGGAGCUGGAGGAGUCGGCCCUGCAGAGUGAGGCCACAGCCUCCAUGUUGUGCAAGAAGCACACAGACUCCAUGGCUGAGCUGAUGGAGCACAUAGAGAGCCUGCAGAGGGUCAAGUCCAAGCUGGAGAAGGACAAGCAGGUUAUGAGCCUCAAUGCCAGCAUGGAGACCGUGCAGAAGUCCAAGAUGAGGGGGUCUCUGAAUGCCGAGGCCCAGGUGCGGAAGUUGGAAGACAGUUUAGCAGAAGCCAACGCCAAAGUGGCUGAGCUGGAGCGGAACAAGGCAGAGAUCAAUGCCAUCAGGACCUGCCUCCAGGCAGUGGUGGGUCUUGCCAACACUAAGCAUGACCUGGACCUGCUGAAGGAGCAGCUGGAGGAGGAGCAGGGAGGCAAGUCAGAGCUGCAGCACCUUGUGUCCAAACUCAACACAGAAGUGACCACCUGGAGGGCCAAGUACCAGACAGGUACCAUCCAGAGGACCAAGGAGCUGGAGGAGACCAAGAAGAAAUUGGCCACCAGGCUUCAGGAAGCAGAAGAGGCAGCUGAAGCUGCCCAGACCCGGGCCACCACUCUUGAGAAAAAUAAACAGAGACUCCAGGCAGAAGUGAAGGAUCUCGCCAUUGACUUGGAGAAGGCCAAUGCUGCAGCAGCCGCCCUGGACAAAAAGCAGCAGGUCUUUGACAAGAUGCUGGCCAAAUGGCAGCAGAAGUGCAAGGAGCUGCAGGUGGAGGUGGACAGCUCGCUGAAGGAGUGUUGCAUGUACAUGACCAAGAGCUUCAAGAUAAAGACCGCCUGCGAGGAGUCCCUGGAGCCGGAAUCCGUGAAGGAGAACAAGACCCUGCAGGAAGCCACCUAUGAGAUACUGACACAGUUGCCUUGGGAGGGUCAGGGCAUGCUGGCCCAGCUGCAGGCUCCCCUGUGGACCCCAGUGCACAGCUGCUAUGCCAUGGCCUCCCAGGCAGCCUAUGCCAUCCCUGCAGAGGGCUGGCUCCUGCCUGUGGCCUGUUCAGCAGAGCCCAUCCUGGAUGGCAGAGGAGAGCAGCAGCUCUCUGAGAAGAGUUCCAAGGAUGUGAGGGCAACCAGGAAGAACCACCAGCAGGCUAUCGAGUCCUUGCAGGCCAGCCUGAAGGCAGAGGCCAAGGGCCGGGCAGAGGCACUUCGGCUCAAGAAGGAAAUGGAGACAGACCUGAAUGAGAUGGAAAUCCAGCUGGAUCACGCCAACAAGAACAACAGAGAGCUUGUGAAGACACUGAAAAGUCUGCAGCAGCAAAUCAAGGACCUGCAAGUCCAGAUGGAUGAGGAUGCCCAGCAGCAUGAAGAGCUGCGGGAGCAGUACAAACUGCAGCAGCGGCGCCUGAGCCUGCUGCAGACGGAGCUGGAGGAGGUGUACUCUGCCCGUGAGGGCAUCGAGCGCUCCCACAACCUGCUGGAGCAAGAGGUGGUGGAGAUCACGGAGCAGCACAAUGAGAUCAACAUCCAGGUCCUUGAUCCCUCCUUGAACCAAAGCUUCCUCGUGGUCAAGUGGAAGCUGAAGUCCGAUGUUCAGCAUAUCUCCAAUGAGCAUGAAGAGCUCAUUAGUGAGUUCUGCUCUGCUGACAAGUGGGCCAAGAAGGCCAUGACAGAUGCCGCCUGCAUGGCAGAAGAGCUCAGGCAGGAGCAGGACCACUGCAUGCACCUGGAGAAGAUCAAGAACUAUGAGAUCACCAUCAAAGACUUGCAGGCCAAGAUGGAAGAGGCCAAACAGCUGGUUCUCAAAGGAGGGAAACGCAUGAUCAUGAAGCUGGAAGCCAGGAUCAAGGAGCUUGAGACAGAGCUAGACGGUGAGCAGAAACAGCACAUGGAGACGGUGAAGAUGCUGCGUAAGAACGAGCACCACCUCAAAGAGCUAGUCUUCCAGACGGAGGAGGACCACAAGACCAACCAGCGCAUGCAGGAGCUGGUGGAAAAGCUGCAGAAAAAGCUAGUGUACAAGCGGCAGAUCAAGGAGGCGGAAGAGCAGGCCAAUCAGAUGCUGGCUCGCUACAGGAAGACGGUGCAUGAGCUGGAUGAUGCUGAGGACAUGGCAGAGACUGCGCUCAACAAGCUGCGCACUAGGCACUGCGUGGCUGGCAAAGGCAUCACCUCCGCCAGGCAUCACCUGGAGAUCAUCCAGGUGUCCAAGACAGGCUCUGCCAAAACCCUGUCUGAGGAGUGAGGCCUCUGGGCUCCUGGCCACACCUGGCUGAUACAGAUCUCAACAGCAGACCAUUGAGAAGGAAAAUAUGUAGGAAUGGAACUCUGAGCCUAUCCUGACAAUGUUUACUAUGCAAAGCAAUGUGCAAGUUAGAAAGAGACAGGUGCUGAAGAAUAAGCAUGACUGUGGGGGAAGAGCGGC